AUGUGCACGGUGAUGGCCUCCCUGAUGUACAUGUGGUGUCGGCUCGUCAACAAGCCACUGGCCUAUCGGGCGGAAGACGACACCGAACACGAGGCGAAGCUGGAGGAGGACAUCCUCACCAGCGGAGAGAAGAAAGCGCGCGUUCGCAAGACGCCCACGAAGAUCCACAGCUACGACCGCUUCGUCUCCUACCUCGACUCGGCCAACUGGAAGCGGGCAAGCAGUGUCAGGCAUAGCGACAUGGAUGGCUUAGCAUCGUUUCGCAACGGCGAGUACAAGCCCGUGAUGAACCUCAUCCGCACUCUCAAGUAUGGCCGUCAGACCAAGCAAGAGGUCGACUUGGCGAUCGACGUCUGUGAGCUGCUGCAGAACUUGCGCGAGGUUGUGCUGGACUACAGGCUCAGAUAUGAGCAGACCCGGUUGCCCGAGGAGAGCCAGAUCUACCUGGGUCAGGCCACCACGCUCCUGGAGCGAUACGUGUACCUGAUCGUGUUCAACGCCUACCUGUCCGAGCAAGCCCCGCUCCACUUUGCGGUGGCCUUCAGCGCGUGGCUCGCCGGCCGGGAGGAGAUCACCAGCAUCCUGGCCCAGAUCAAGGCCGACCCCAACAAGGCCCUGCGCAUCACCGGCCAGGUCGUGGCACCAGGUAAGGCCAAGCAGGCUAAAGGGGACGACCUGGAGGAGCAGGAAGAGGCGGCUGGUGGUAGACUGGUCGAUUCUCUGGACAAUUCAGGGGACGAUGUCGUGCGGAGCCGCAAGGGCGACGUACUGAGCAAGAACAUGAUGAUCAAGGCCGACCUCUACCAGUACAACCGCGCCAAGUACGGCGAGAGCGCCAGGUUGGUCGCCGUAAGCGAGGACGUGUGCAACUUCCGUUCGGCCGAUGGCUACGAUCGCGUGCACGGUGUGGGCCAAUCGAGCGUGGAGGGCACCCGCAAGGUCAUCUCCUACCUGGUCGACCUGGAACGCGCCAAGGAUCCGUCGAAGGAGGUGGAUGUCGUGUGGAUCAACCUGCGCGAGGAGCCCAUCAUCUUCAUCAACUCGGCGCCAUAUGUGCUGAGGGAUGCGGAGCACCCGUUCAGCAACCUGGGCAGUUUCGAAGGCAUCGCCCCGGAUCAUCUGGAGGAGAUGGAGCAGAGGCUCAAGGAAGAUCUGCUGCGCGAGUGUGCCGUCUACGGUGGCAAGAUCCUCGUUCACGAUGAAACCGACCUACAGCAGGUGGUCUCCUCGUGGCUGACCGUUGCUGUGAACAGCGAGACCGGGAUGCCGGCCAUUGAAACGACGAACGAGUCCACGCCGUCCGGUGUCGAGGGACUUCGCUCUGUGAGCUACUACCGCGUCCCCGUAACGCCCGAACGCUCGCCCGAGGAGAAGGACUACAACGAGUUCACCAGUAUCCUGACCGAGGCCCCCGAGAACGCGCACAUCGUCUUCAACUGCCAGCAAGGGGGUGGUCGCUCGACUGUGGGCAUGGUGGCCGCGGUGCUCAUCCAGAUGUGGUCCGACCUGAAGAAGAACGGGCUUCCCUUCGUGCCCGGCUUCCUGCCCGGCGCGUCGACUCAGGAAAGGCGCAGGGACAGGCGCGGCGAGUACGCUGCCAUCAUGGGGCUCGUCCGCACCCUGAACCAGGGCCAGCUUCUCAAGCAGCAGCUUGACACCGCCAUCGACAGCUGCGCAAGUCUCACCAACGUGAGGGACGUGGUGGCGGACAUGGCGCGCGAGAAGAAGUACACGGAGGACCGCACGCAGCAGGAGACGUUCGACCGGAUGUGCACCAACUACCUGGAGCGCUACUUCUACCUGCUUCUCUUCAACAGCUACCUCUCCACGCAGACCGCCGCCGGGUUCCCGCUGGCCUUCACCGAGUGGGUCAAGACCAAGAGCGAGAUCGCCACUCUCACGCACCAGAUGCACGCCAACCCGCAGCAGUCGGUCAAGAUCGUGCUCCACGACCAGCUCCAGCCGACCGAAGCGCCCGCGGGCUCGGCCGCGACGGCCGACGAGGCCGAGGCCGACCAGAAGAACAAGGGCCUGGAGACCGCGAGCCAGGCCCAGCGCGAGAUCGAGAUCAGGCAGGCCAUCGUCGACCGUACCGGCGACGUGCUGGUGACCAACACCAUCCUCAAGGCUGACCACUUCCCCGGCUGCCAGCGGAAGGGCCUGCAGCCGCGCCUCACCGGCGCGCCCAACUUCCGCCGCGUGGAGGGCAUUGAAGUCAAUGUCUACGGCGUGGCACAGUGCACCAUCGAAGGAGUGGUGAAUCUGCUGGACCAUCUGCGCACUCAGCCGCAGCGUCCAUCCUCGCUGGCCGCGGCUGUGCCCAGCGACCCGACCAGGUCGCCGACCGUCGUAUGGACGAACCUCCGCGAAGAGCCCAUCAUCUACGUCAACAACCGCCCGUUUGUGGUGCGACAGCAAGACCUGCCGUUCAACAACCUGGAGAUCACCGGCAUCGAGCCCGAUGAGGUGGAGGCCAUGGAACAGCGGCUCAAGGCUGACAUUCUCCAGGACGCCGCUAAGUACGGCGGACGAGUUCUGAUCCACGAAGAAACGGACGACGGCCGCCUGGUUGGCAACUGGGAAGAGGUGACUUCGGAGACAGUGUUGACGCUGCGCGAGGUCUACGAGAGCGUCAACAAGCGGGGCUACAUGGUGGACUACAAGCGCAUUCCCAUCACCGACGAACGUGCUCCCGAAGAGAAGGACUUCAACGAGCUGCUCAAGCGGCUCAAGAUGGUAACCGCCUUCGACCACGUCGUGUUCAACUGCCAGAUGGGUCGCGGCCGCACGACGACGGGCAUGGUGGUGGCCUGCAUGGGCGUCGCUCACCGCUACCCCGAGCUUCUCCCGCCGCCCAUGGAGCUUCCAUCGCAUCUGGAACUGGAAGCGCAGCACGAGACCGUGCCCGCCGCGCUCAGGGGCCACGCCCGCCGAUCUUCGUUCACGCCCCUCAAGAAGGAGCUCGGCAUCAGCUACCACAACGGCGACUACAAGAUCAUCCUGCGUCUGAUCCGCGUGUUCAACAACGGCGCCGAGAUCAAGAGGCGCACGGACGUGGCGAUCGACGCCUGCUCCGUCAUGCAGAAUCUGCGCCACGCCAUCAAGGAAUACAAGGUCAAGACCGAGGAAGCUCACGAGCACGGUAAUCAGGCGCAGUACAAGUUCAACAAGGAGCGCGCCAUCGCCUACCUGGACCGGUACUUCUACCUGGUUGCCUUCAACGCCUACCUGAGCGAGUCCGACACCAACGUCAAGGGCUUCGACCAGUGGAUGCUCGAACGCAAGGAGCUCAAGUCCCUCCUCAAGGAGAUCUCCCUCGACUGA